CCGCUUCGUGCCCCCGGCGCCGGGCGGCCGGCGAGUCUGGAGCCCGCGCCGUCGCCGGCCGCGUUCUCCGGGCAUGGAAGGAGGCGGCAAGCCCAACUCCUCGUCCAACAGCCGGGACGAUGGCAACAGCGUCUUCCCCGCCAAGGCGCCCGCGACGGGCGCGGGGUCGGCCGCGGCCGAGAAGCGCCUGGGCACCCCGCCGGGGGGCGGCGGGGGCGGCGCGAAGGAGCACGGCAACUCCGUGUGCUUCAAGGUGGACGGCGGCGGCGGCGGCGGCGGCGAGGAGCCGGCCGGGGGCUGCGAGGAUGCCGAGGGGCCCCGGCGGCAGUACGGCUUCAUGCAGAGGCAGUUCACCUCCAUGCUGCAGCCCGGGGUCAACAAAUUCUCCCUCCGCAUGUUUGGGAGCCAGAAGGCGGUGGAGAAGGAGCAGGAAAGGGUUAAAACUGCAGGCUUCUGGAUUAUCCACCCUUACAGUGAUUUCAGGUUUUAUUGGGAUUUAAUAAUGCUUAUAAUGAUGGUUGGAAAUCUGGUCAUCAUACCAGUUGGAAUCACAUUCUUUACAGAACAAACAACAACACCAUGGAUUAUUUUCAAUGUGGCAUCAGAUACAGUUUUCCUUUUGGACCUGAUCAUGAAUUUUAGGACUGGGACUGUCAAUGAAGACAGUUCUGAAAUCAUCCUGGACCCUAAAGUGAUCAAGAUGAAUUAUUUAAAAAGCUGGUUUGUGGUUGACUUCAUCUCAUCCAUCCCAGUGGAUUAUAUCUUUCUCAUUGUAGAAAAAGGAAUGGAUUCAGAAGUUUACAAGACAGCCAGGGCACUUCGCAUUGUGAGGUUUACAAAAAUUCUCAGUCUCUUGCGUUUAUUACGACUUUCAAGGUUAAUUAGAUACAUACAUCAGUGGGAAGAGAUUUUCCACAUGACGUAUGACCUCGCCAGUGCGGUGGUGAGAAUUUUUAACCUCAUCGGCAUGAUGCUGCUGCUAUGCCACUGGGAUGGCUGUCUUCAGUUCUUAGUGCCGCUGCUGCAGGAUUUCCCACCAGACUGCUGGGUGUCAUUAAAUGAAAUGGUUAACGAUUCUUGGGGAAAGCAAUAUUCGUACGCACUCUUCAAAGCCAUGAGUCACAUGCUGUGCAUUGGGUAUGGAGCCCAGGCCCCGGUCAGCAUGUCUGACCUCUGGAUCACCAUGCUGAGCAUGAUCGUUGGGGCCACCUGCUAUGCCAUGUUUGUGGGCCAUGCCACGGCUCUAAUCCAGUCUUUGGAUUCCUCAAGGCGGCAAUAUCAAGAAAAGUAUAAGCAAGUGGAACAAUACAUGUCAUUCCAUAAGUUACCAGCUGACAUGCGUCAGAAGAUACAUGAUUACUAUGAACACCGAUACCAAGGCAAAAUCUUUGAUGAGGAAAAUAUUCUUAAUGAACUCAAUGAUCCUCUGAGAGAGGAGAUAGUCAACUUCAACUGUCGGAAACUAGUGGCUACAAUGCCUCUUUUUGCUAACGCGGAUCCUAAUUUUGUGACUGCCAUGCUGAGCAAGUUGAGAUUUGAGGUGUUUCAACCUGGAGAUUAUAUCAUACGAGAAGGAGCUGUGGGGAAAAAAAUGUAUUUCAUUCAACAUGGUGUUGCUGGUGUCAUCACAAAAUCCAGUAAAGAAAUGAAGCUGACAGAUGGCUCUUACUUUGGAGAGAUUUGCCUACUGACCAAGGGACGUCGCACUGCCAGUGUUCGAGCUGAUACAUAUUGUCGUCUUUAUUCACUUUCUGUGGACAAUUUCAAUGAGGUCUUGGAGGAAUAUCCAAUGAUGAGAAGAGCCUUUGAGACGGUGGCCAUUGACCGACUAGAUCGGAUAGGAAAGAAAAAUUCAAUUCUUCUGCAAAAGUUCCAGAAGGAUCUGAACACUGGUGUCUUCAACAAUCAGGAGAACGAGAUCCUGAAGCAGAUUGUGAAACACGACCGGGAGAUGGUGCAGGCGAUCGGUCCCAUCAAUUAUCCUCAAAUGACAGCCCUGAAUUCCACAUCUUCAACUACUACCCCGACCUCUCGCAUGAGGACACAAUCUCCACCGGUAUACACAGCGACCAGUCUGUCUCAUAGCAACCUGCAUUCCCCCAGUCCCAGCACACAGACCCCCCAGUCAUCCGCCAUCCUCUCACCCUGCUCCUACACCACUGUGGUCUGCAGCCCUCCUGUACAGAGCCCACUGGCCACUCGAACUUUCCACUAUGCCUCCCCCACUGCUUCCCAGUUGUCACUCAUGCAGCAACAGCAGCAGCAGCAGUUACAGCCGUCCCAGCCACCGCAGACCCAGCAGCAGCCCCAACAGCCACAGACCCCUGGCAGCUCCACGCCGAAAAACGACGUGCACAAGAGCACUCAGGCGCUUCACAACACCAGCCUGACCCGAGAGGUCAGGCCCCUCUCGGCCUCGCAGCCCUCGCUGCCCCAUGAGGUUUCCACCCUGAUUUCCAGACCUCAUCCCACUGUGGGUGAGUCCCUGGCCUCCAUCCCUCAACCCGUGACAGCUGUCCACGGCACGGGCCUUCAGGCCGGGGGCAGGGGCUCUGUCCCCCCGCGAGUCACCCUGUUCCGACAGAUGUCGUCAGGAGCCAUUCCCCCCAACCGAGGAGUCCCUCCAGCACCCCCUCCACCAGCAGCUGCUCUUCCGAGAGAGUCUUCCUCAGUCUUAAGUACAGACCCAGAUGCAGAAAAGCCACGAUUUGCUUCAAAUUUAUGAUGCCUGCUGAUUGUCAAAGCAGAAAGAAAUACUCUAAUAAACUGAGAGUAUUCUCAGAUCUUAUUUUAUUCUAUCUCCUGAUAGAUCCCUAUAGCCUACUAUGAAGAGAUAUUUUAGACAGCUCUGGCCUACAUGCAAAAUGUAAAAUAUAUAUAUACAUAUACUAUGAAAUAUAUAUCUAAAGUCCCAAGAGAAGUUCAAAAGACUUGUUUAGCAUUCAGUGUUAUAUGUUUUCCUUUCUUUAAAUCAUUAAAGGAUUUAAAAUGUU